GUGUGUCAAACAUAUGGGACAAAAGAACUGUCUCAGUUUUCUAAGGAGGGAGAUAUCAACAUUGGAGGCAUUUUCUCCUUCCAUCAGAACCCAGUCACUGUCAAUCCGGCUCUCGAAGUCAACCCAGGAACAAUCCGGUGUGAAGGACUGGACCCAGGAGAGCUUCAGUACGCGUACACAAUGAUGUUUGCCAUAGAGGAGAUCAACAACAGCUCAGAGCUGCUGCCAGGAGUGACGCUGGGUUACAGGAUCUUUGACUCCUGCCCCAGCAUCCCUCUGUCCAUCAGGGCAUCACUGAACCUGAUGAACAGGUACGAGAGCCAGGCAGGCAACUGUACCAAGCUCUCCAAUGUGCAUGCUGUCAUAGGGGAAACCACAUCCACUUCUACGAUAGGUAUUGCGCGCACCAUGGGACCCUUCCAUAUACCUGUGAUCAGUCAUUCGGCCACUUGUGCAUGUCUUAGCAACAGAAGAGACUAUCCCUCUUUCUUCAGGACCAUACCGAGUGACAUUUACCAGAGCAAAGCCUUAGCUAAGCUUGUGAAACACUUCGGCUGGACCUGGGUGGGAGCCAUCAGAACUAAUAGCGACUACGGGAAUGGAGGCAUGGCGACUUUCCUAGAAGCAGCAGAGAGGGAAGGUGUUUGUGUUGAGUACUCACUGGCCAUUUACCGAACCGAUCCCAGAAAGUGGUUCUUAGAGGUGGUGGAUAUUAUAAAGAAGUCCACCUCUAAGGUAAUAGUGGCGUUUGCUGACGGCACAGACCUUGACAUACUUAUUAAAGAGCUCCACGCUCAGAAUGUGACAGGCCUGCAGUGGGUUGGAAGUGAAGGCUGGAUCACAUAUCGCUACAUCGCCUCUCCGGUAAACUACGCUGUGGUCCAGGGGGCGGUGGGCUUUGCGGCGCUGAACGCUCACAUCCCCGGACUGCAGGAGUUUCUCGCCAACAGCCGGCCCUCCACCACGCCGGGGAAUCAGGGACUAGUGGAGUUGUGGGAGACGGUGUUCAGCUGCACCCUGACUCCCCGACCAGAGAUUCAUGCUCAGGAUCCUGUUGCAGCCUGCAAUGGGAGGGAGUCUCUGAGGGACAUAAAAACACGCUUCACAGAUGUUUCAGAUGCCAGCCUGCUGAAUAAUGUUUACAAGGCCACGUAUGCCGUCGCUCACGCUCUGCACAUGCUGUUUAGCUGCAAAGACGGACACGGGCCUUUUGAGAACAAUACUUGUGCCGGUGUAGAAAAUGUCAAACCGUGGCAGGUGCUGCAUUACUUGACUCAGGUCAAUUUCACUACCAAGAUUGGUGAAAAUGUGUUCUUUGAUGAUCUGGGUGACCCUGUGGCACGUUAUGCUCUGGUAAACUGGCAGAUGGAUGAGACAGGUUACAUACUGUUUGAAACUAUCGGUUAUUAUGAUGCUUCCCGGCCUGAGGGUCAGCAGUUUGAGAUGAAAGCAGAUGUGAGCGCCAUCUGGGCAGGAGAAAACCUUGAAGUGCCGAGGUCUGUCUGCAGUGAGAGCUGUUUACCGGGAACCCGUCGGGCUUUUGUCAAGGGCAAGCCUAUCUGCUGUUUUGAUUGCAUCACCUGUGCUGCCGGGGAGUUCAGCAGCAGUACAAAUGCGGUGAAAUGUGACAAAUGCCCUCCUGAGUACAAGUCCAACGAAGAGAGGAAUAACUGUGACAUGAAAGCUAUUGAGUUCCUCACCUUCAGGGAAUUAAUGGGUAUAUUGCUGGUCACCUUUUCGGUCUUUGGUGCCUGCCUGGCAAUGACUAUAGCACUGAUAUUUUUCCACUACAGACAGACUCCCAUUGUCAGAGCCAACAACUCUGAGCUGAGCUUCCUGCUGCUCUUCUCCUUGACUCUGUGCUUCCUGUGCUCUCUGACCUUCAUCGGCCGACCCUCUGAGUGGUCCUGCAUGCUGAGGCACACAGCGUUCGGCAUCACAUUCGUCCUCUGUAUCUCCUGCAUUCUGGGGAAGACAAUAGUGGUGCUGAUGGCCUUUAAGGCGACACUUCCAGGUAGAAAUGUGAUGAAAUGGUUCGGGCCUGCACAGCAGAGAGUCAGUGUUCUGGGCUUCACUCUCAUCCAGGUUGUAAUUUGCAUUUUGUGGCUGACAAUCACACCUCCUUUUCCCUACAAAAAUAUGAAUCAUUACAAGGAGAAGAUUAUACUAGAGUGUGCUCUGGGAUCACCUGUUGGAUUCUGGGCUGUGCUGGGAUACAUCGGGCUCUUGGCCAUGUUAUGUUUCGUUCUUGCCUUUCUGGCUCGAAAACUGCCUGAUAACUUUAACGAAGCUAAGUUCAUCACCUUCAGCAUGCUGAUAUUCUGUGCAGUGUGGAUCACAUUCAUCCCAGCGUAUGUCAGCUCUCCUGGGAAGUUCACUGUGGCUGUGGAAAUAUUUGCUAUUCUGGCUUCAAGUUAUGGGAUGCUAUUUUGUAUUUUUCUGCCCAAGUGCUACAUAAUUUUAUUAAAACCCGAGAACAACACCAAGAAACAUCUGAUGGGUAAAGGAACCCUGAGAACCCUUUGA